AUUUUGAAGGCACUAAACCGGAAACUCUUCUACGAUUCUUGCGAGCUUUACAACAGUUUUCUAGCUGCAUGGAACAGGCGUGUGUGCAACACAAAACAUACUCACAAGAACUACGGUCCACAUUUUGCUUCGUUUGUAGUUCAUGAUGGAUCUUCCAUGCAUGCAAUGGCAAGACCAUGUCGCCCAGAAAUGGACCGGACUCGACCCGGAGCGAAAGGAACAUUUUAUAUCCCAGACUGAGAUAGAUGAUGUUUUUAAAUACGCCCUUACUCUGACAACCCAAGAUGAUCUGGACUUUAUGCAGUCAAUCUCGGCAGAAAAUCCUGUACUCAAGGACACAGAGCAGGCGGCCAAAUGGAGGGAGAAAGGCAACUCUAGCUUCAAAACCAGAGACUACACGGCUGCUGCUCUGCACUACUCACAGGGCAUAUGCUUCGCUCCCCAAAGUUCGGAGCAGCUGUCUCUGUGCUAUGCCAACCGCUCUGCUGCGCUCUACCAUCUGCAGCACUACCAGGAAUCACUUGAAGACAUAGACAGAGCUGUGAAGAAUGGUUAUCCGGCUCAUCUUUCACACAAGCUCGAGGAGCGUCGCACACAGUGCCUCAAACACCUCUCUGUGGUUGAAAAGGCAAAAGAGGAUCAUCCCGGGGCUGCCGCAGAGAAUCAUAAAAAUCCAGACAGACUAAAAAAAGCAUCUGCUGGGCUCCUAAAAUCGGGGAUUAUUCCUCAAGCGGCUGUUCACUUCAGCGAAGAGAAAGGCCGACACCUGGUGGCUGUGGAGAGAAUAGCAGCAGGGGAGGAGCUCCUUAAUGACAGGCCGUACAGCUGUGUCCUUAUACCGGGGAUGGAGGCGGUGAAAGGGACGGGCACACAGAGAGGGGUGCUGUUUGGGACGGAGCACAGACGUUGUCACAGGUGUUUGACAGAGACGUCAUGUCCUGUGCCGUGUGAGGGCUGUAGCUACAGUCGAUACUGCUCCACGGCCUGUCAGCGGAACGCCUGGGACGAACAUCACCGCUGGGAGUGUCCGCUGGGAGCAGAGCUGAUGGUGACGGGCGUGAUGUCACAGCUGGCUCUGAGGGUGACGCUAAAGGCAGGGUUAAAAAACGUCCAGAUUGCCAGGGAACCAAUCAGAGACCAGCAUAGAAAGCCAAAACCCAGCUGUGUAAAUCAACCCGAUCCCUCUAUUUCGCACCACGGUGACUCUUACCUGAGUGUGUUUCACUUAUUGCACCACCUAAAUCGCCACAGCCCUGGUGUUCGCUUCUUGUGUGCGGUUACUGCGGCGACGCUUCAUCAAAAGCUCAGAAAGGCCGGACCUCCCCCCGCAUCUUGGCACCUCAGCAGACCCUCGGGGGCAAACGGCAAAUCACAAGACGAGGAGAGGGAAGGGGACGACCGGAGCUCCGAGCUGUGGCUUCUGGGAAGUGCAGUUCUGAGGCACGUCCUGCAGCUGAGAUGUAACGCCCAGGCUGUCUGCACGAUGCAAGAUACAGGUUCAGCAAACUCUCUGGUGCAGUCGAGCAGAGAAAUCCGCAUUGCUACAGCGAUGUUCCCAACUCUCAGUCUCCUGAAUCACUCCUGCUGUCCCAACACCAGCCUGGUGUUCAGCACUGGGACCAGUACUGAUCCCUCUGGACCAGAUCUGUCUGCAGACUUAAGUGGAGGAGUAGCUGAAUACAGAAGCACCUCAAAUGGGAUCGCUGCAACUGUCAGAGCAGCUAGAGUUAUCAACGCUGGACAGGAGAUCCUGCACUGCUAUGGUCCUCACAGCAGCAGGAUGGGGACCAAAGAACGCCAGCGCCUCCUGCAGGAGCAGUACUAUUUCUCGUGUCAGUGUGAGGCCUGCACUCUGCAGCAGGGGAAGGAAGAAGAAGGCACGGAGGGCAGACAGCAGCGGUCAGGUGAUGGAGAAAGUUUGCGACAGUCUAGACUCCUUUGUGGCAAGUGCAAAGGAUCCCUCAAAAAAAGCGAAGAUGACAAAGGAAAAGGAUUUAUGUGUUCACAGUCAUCCUGUGGCCAUCAUGUUUCUUCAUCUGAAGUGAGUCGCAGGCUGCAGGAGAUCCAGGUUGACCAGGAGAGAGCUGUAGAGCUCAUGGAGAGAGAUAGGCCAGAUGAAGCUCUGAAGCUGCUGAAGAAGACUCUGUCUCAGUCUGGACUGAUCCUUGCCGAGACACACCCAUUACAGGGGCAGCUGGAAGAUGCUGCAGCCAGAGCGUAUGCUACAAUGGGUGACUGGAACAAAGCAGCCUCCCAUCUGGAGCGAAGCGCUGUAGCCAUUAGCUCCCAGUACGGAGAAGACAGUAUUGAACUGGGUCGACAGCUCUUCAAAUUAGCUCAGCUCCACUUCAAUGGUGGAGCCCGAGGGCCAGCGCUCUCCGUCUUUCCCAAGGUCAGGCGGCUCCUCUGCCUACAUUUUGGCCCUCACUGUCAUGAAUUACAGGAGCUAGAAGACAUGGAGGGCUGUCUACGAGGGUAGUCUAAUCUUAUGAAUAAUUCAGUUUUUCACUGAGUGAAAUGUAUUUACAUCUGUGAAAUGCACUGUUUUUUUUGGCUGUACCUGUGUUGAGGCUCUGUACUGAUAUCGAAUAAAUUCUGUAUAGAAUAGAGGCAA